AUGAGCGGACUACCUGAACACACAGAGUAUGGUUUGUUUGCUGACGACACUGCAUUAUGGACAUCAUCAAAUACAACAUCAAAUCUUAGCUCCAGACUACAACAAGCUUCAGAUGCUUUUCAAAGCUGGUGUAAAUCAUGGAAGUUAAAGCUUCAGCCAACUAAAACUGAAUUAGUCCAUUUCACACUCCAUCCAAGAAGAAAAUUCAACAAUCCAGUAUCAGUAAAAAUAGAUGCUGUAACAAUUCAGCCAACCAACUCAACAAGAUACUUAGGCAUCAUCAUCGAUAAAACUUUAAACUGGAGAAGUCAUAUACACCAUAUAGAAUCGAAGAUUGCUGGUCGUAUCAGUUCAUUAAGAUUCCUUAGCAAAGCUUCUUAUCAACUGAACGACAAAAUAAUGUUAAACAUCUUUAAAUCCAUAGCAAGAACGAUCCUUGUAUAUGGUUAUCCAAUAUUACUUCAGGCUAAUGAUAAAAUAUGGGAACGCCUACAAAUUAUACAAAAUAAAUCAAUACGUGCAGCUUUAGGAUUGCCCAUAUACACAUCAGUUGAAUACAUUCAUCAAAUAACCAAUGUACCCAAAAUUAAAGAAUAUGCUGUCUCAUUACUUCAGCGGCAUAUUCAAACUGCAACAUCGAACAACGACAACGUACUAAAAAAUAACCUAGAAGAAAUAUUCAAUCCACUUUGA